AGUCAAUAAAAUUAUAAAAGAAUAUUUUACUGAAAGUAAAGUUAAUUGCAGUUAUAGAAAAGGCAUUUUUCAGUGAGACUAGGCUACAUGCAAUGAUUAUAGACUACAGGACACCACAGAGCUUAACAAUUUUUUAAAAGAUAUUUUGCUUUUCAUUCUUGUUGCCACUAUCGCUAUCAAUGUCUUAACAAGAAACUGUAUCAUUUCCUUGGAUUUUGUUGUUUUUUUGUCUGAAAUAUUUGUUUAUUUUGUAAAGAAUGUCUUCUAAACGAAGUGUUGCUGCCCUGUGGUUUCCAUGGAAACCAUAAACUUUCGAGCCGUGUUAAGCACCAACAAAACCUGAGGGUAAAGCAGCUAAAAACUAAACUAACACCCUUGACAUCUCAUACAGGCGACGGAAUUUAAAAUAAUUCGUGACUGGAAAUGUCUUGGAACUUGAACAACCACGGCUUGCCGUUUUUACCGGGAUAUACAUUUCGGGAUGUGACGAAGUCAUCCUUCACUCGGCCUCAGACUCUGGCCUUUAAGAAUGGCUUCAGAGUCCCUCAUCGCCCCACUGUGGGCAUUGGCCAUGAUCCUCUUGUAUCAGAACAGUUAACUCAACAGGAGCUCAGUGAGUUGUGCUGUGAGAUGCCAGGCACGACUUAUGGCUCCUAUCACCAGACAGCAUGUGAAGACUUCAUCCCAGCUUACGUGGCCUUCGACAAAAAGGUGCUGUGCUACCAUGCAUACUUUGUGGAGGACAUCCUGUAUUCCCCUGAAGAGCAGGAUCGUGUGCGCCCUGUUGUCAUUUACUACUACCUUGAGGAUGACAGCAUGUCCAUCUUUGAGCCCACGGUGCAGAACUCUGGGUUAAUGCAGGGGAAGAGGAUCAAACGCCAACGUUUCCCCAAGAAUGAACAUGGAGAGCAUUUCCAGUGGAAAGACCUCAACCUCGGUAUGGACUUGGAGGUGUACGGGGUCAAGUAUCACAUCACACACUGUGAUGCCUUUACAAAGGAAUUCAUGGAAAGUGAAGGCAUCAUUCUGAAUGACCCUGAGCCAAUGCCAGUGGAUCCUUACAGCAAAUGUUGCAAUAUCCCUGUGCCUCAAUACACUACACCCUCCACAUUUUCCAACAUGUAUGAGUUUUCCACCAUGGAUGGCAAGGUGCUGUGCUUCUCUGCCCUGUGGGAUGACACUGACUCUCAAUACGAUGAGACCAGGCGGGUUACCAUCACGUAUUACCUGGUGGACAACACAGUGGAGAUCAGAGAGGUUGAUCAACCCAACAGUGGCCGGAUUCCCUUCCUGAUGCGCAGAAAGAAGAUCCCAAAAAAUUUAAAGCCAGUGCCUUUUCCCAGCUGUGUGAUGGAGAUCUCAGAGAAAGAAGUGGAUGAAUAUUACUCACCCAAAGACUUUCAGUUAGGUCAAACGAUUAAAAUACUGGGCCGUUGCUUUCUGCUAUGUGACUGUGAUCGCUUCACUAAAGAGUAUUACCAGAAGAACCACCCUGACAUGGAGAUGACACCAACGGAGGUACCAAAGAAGGCUGACAAGUUACAAGAGAAAAAGGAGAUUCCUACCUAUAAUGGUUUUGGUUCACUUGAAGACUCUUUCCAGAAUUGCUUGUCUCUGAUUCCUAAGCCUCCCAAAAUGAAUUACUUGAAGAUGCUGGAGAACCAUGGCAAAGUGUUGCAAUACAGUGCCAAGCUGGACUCUCAGUAUCCUCAAGAUGAAGCCCGACGCUUCAUCCUGCGCUACUACUUGUCCAAUGAUAUGAUCAGUAUUUAUGAAAAGAACACCCGCAACUCUGGUAUCAUAGGUGGCAAGUUCUUGAAAAUGACCCGCAUCCCCAAGCCGGGCUCUACUGUGGAAAAUCCUGAGUUUUAUUCACCUGCAGAUUUUGCUAUUGGAGCCACAGUGGAAGUUUUCGGUCAUCGCUUUGUGUUGACUGAUGCUGACCGCUAUGUGCUCACAUACCUGGAGUCCAUCUCAAGCCAGAUUCCUUCUCACACGCUGGAUUCUUUGCGACAGAAGCUGGGUGUCGGGCUCUCCGAUAGCCAGCCACUUGACCAAAACGGAGAAGCUGCAGAACCAUCUUCAUGAUGUGAAGGAAAUCCUGCACUUUUAAUGCUCCAAGUGUGUGAAUCUAAACCUUUGCAAAAUGUCUCUGAACAUAAUAAACUCUGGAAUUCCUGCAUUUUUUUGGUGAUAUUGGACAACUUCAAACAAAUUAGAACACACAACUAGCCUUUUCUGCUGGUGUGGUCAGUGUCGACAUAACCUUUUAUUGUACACAUGCCAAGGAUCUGUCUAUGGCUAAAACAUUUUUUUCUCAAAACUGUGCAUUAUAAAGGCGAAAUCACACCAA